AUGCGGCGUUAUAAUUCCGAAAAUGAUGUAGCAUGCUUGGAGGGCUCAAUAACCAAUGAUUCAGUUAUUAUGUACGGUGAUAGUUUAAGGAGCCUUCCGGACGUAUCUAUACACAAUAGCUCAAGGAUGAUUGAAUUAGAAAUGCAAAUUGAACAACUAAAACAAACUCUUCAAGCUGCUAAUACAGAAGUAGAUAAUUUGAUAUUGCAGAACAAUGACUUGCAAAGGGAACUAGAAAACUGCCAGAUGGUGAUUAAAUCACUAAGAGCUAUACAAACUUUAGGACCUGAAAAAAUACGCGGUAUGUCACCCAAGCCAGCUAGCAGUUUAAACAAAACACAUCUUUUCAAUAAAAUUCAAAAAAACGCAGUAACUCAAACCGAUGAUAAUCCGAGCUCACAAAAUACUAAAAUAAAAAGGAAUAAAAGAAUUAAAUUGCUAUUAAAACCUAAAAUUAAAUAUGCAACUAAAAACCUUCUUAAAAAAAUUAAAAUACAAAAUAAGAGGGUUCGAAAAUUACAGAAAGAACUGAAAAACUUAAAGAUAGAGAAGAAUAGAAUACAACAUAAAUUAUUAGAAUUGGAAACACUGACUAAACUAAAAAUAUCAACGAAAGUCCAGAAAAAACAAGAAAUAAUACAUAAGCAGGAAAACUACUCUUCAAAGCUGCAAGGAAAAGGAAAUAAAAUAGAAACAUCAGAAAGAGACAGGGCACAAAGCGGAAAAAGAAAAGAGAACACAAAAACACUGACAAGAAUAGAAAUGUUUUCGGACAGAAUAGGGAGUGGACUAGCAAUCAAAUUAAUGCAACAAUUGGAAAAUACAAAAAUAACAAAUUACUGUCAAACAGGGGGGAAAUCAUAA